GGCGAGAGAGCGAGAGGGACGGAGGGUAUUGAAACCAAAAACAGAAACCUGCCUUAAAAUCAUUCUUCCUUGAAGCCGAAACCGCUCUUAUCUGUAAUAACAUGGAGGAUAGAAGUAUCGAUCAGAAAAGGCUCCCUGGCGUCAGAGAGGUGUGUCGUGAUUUUGCUGUGCUGGAGGAUCACUGUCUGGCCCACAACCUUCAAGAACAAGAAAUUGAGAGCCAUCUGGCCUCCAACAUCCACAAGAAUCGUCUGGUGCAGCAGGAUCUUCGGGUGGCCAAGCAGCUCCAAGAAGAAGAGGACCAGUGGGCUAAAGCCCAAAGCCAGAAACAGCACCAAGACAUUGAACGCAUUGACAACGAAAUUGCUCAAGAGAUUCAGGAGCAGCUGGUCCGGCAGGCUGAGAAACAGAAGCAGCAGGAGGCUAAGGAUGAGGCUAUUGCUCGUAAGCUGCAGGAGCGAGAGAUGAAAGAGGAACGGAGGAGGCAGAAGCAGCUGGAGGCCAAACUGGAAGAGCAGUAUUAUGAAGACAAAGGAGCGUAUCGACACCCUUCAGACCCUUGUGUGGAAUACCCAGGCUCUGAUUUGCCAGUGUCUGGCAGGGAAAGACACCGAGAGUUCAGUCGUAGUGGAUCUCCAGAUCAUUGCACUCAAAAAUUGGACCAAAAUAGACGAAUGGACAGUCAUGGUAAUCAAAACCGAUACCCUGUUGAAAGAGAGCCCUCAAGAGUCUCAGAGCAUCAUAAAUCUGAACAGAACCGAGGGAAAAAUGAAGGCAAGGCAAGAAGGCAAGCGCCUGAGCAUCACCUCUCAGAGGUAAGGACUAAAUACCCAGAGGAAUACUUAGCUAGAAGAAACAGAUAUGCAGAAGAAGAACCACGUUACAGCCAAGAACAGGAGAUGACCAUGAAGGAGCGAGUGUAUCGAGAUGACACAUCAGACAGGGACAGGACAAGGAGGAAAGAUCGAGGUGAAGAGAAAGGAAGAAGGAGAAAAGGAGAGAAGGCACAAUAUAGAGACAAAAGUCAAGAUAAGCUGAAUACAGACCCCAGUAGAGACAGACUCCGGCACAAAGAAGUGGACAUGGGACAAAAUGGCUAUAGACACAGAAGCAGAGAUGGAGAUUUGGACUUGGAAAUAGAGAAACGUGGACAUAAGGAAAGAAUAAGGGAUGGGGAAAGACAUUGGCAUAGGGAUAGAAGCAGAGGCCGAGAGUUGGAUGGUCCAUCUUCCAGUAAGCAUUGUUCAGAAGAAAGCGAGGAGAAUGCAGACUACAGCAACAGGCAGAGGCUCUACAGCAAUGAUGAGGUGUUUGAAGAGCCCAGCUCUAGAAGUCACUCUAAAGGGCAAAUCCCCAGGUAUAAAGGACAAAGUGUGCAGGAGGAGUAUGGGAUGGGGGAAGCAAUACACAGUUUGUCUCAGAUAGAUCUGCGAGCCCAGGAGUUCCAAGACAUGGAGGUGGCACGCAGACUACAGGAAGAGGAGCUCAUGGCGAAUAAACUUGACAAACGAGCUGCUCAAGUUGCACAAGAUGAGGAACUAGCACGACGAUUCAUGGAGGAAGAGGAAAGGGAGUACAAGAAGUCUAGAGAGAAAGAGAGACAGCAGAGACGAGCCGAGCGAGAUUCCAGGCUCACAGAGGAGGAAAUGGCCCGACCACGAACACGAGAGGAGUAUGACCACCAAAAAGCUCGGAAUCCAAAAUCAUCCAGACCUCCACCACAUAUCCAUAACUACGUGAAUGUUGACUCCAGUUACACUUAUUCAGAUAACUACUCCCCUCGCCCACCUUCCAGACCUGAGGCUGCUUACAAAGGUGCCUACUACAGACAGUGACUUGAGGCCCUUGCUCUCAUGUCAUGAUUUGUGCUGUACUGCUGUUUUUUUUUUUUUCUUUUCUUCACUUUUUGAAGAUUGCUGUAUACUACUAGCAGGAGGGUGUGGGGUCUGUUUUUGCGCUGAUCGAAUAUAAACCACCAAGUCCAGACUUUUGAAUACACACAUGUAUUGUCAUAGCUCUGCACGAUGAUUAAGCACCCAUUUCUUGUGCAUGUUUGAAAAUUUUCUGACAACAAUGACAGAUUUUUAUUUAUUUUUAAUUUAUGUUUUGUAAAAAAAAAAAAAAGUGAUAUGAAAAUCCUAUAACUUACUUUUCUAGAUAUUACAUUAUUGUGAUAUCAGUGUUGUAAUGAGUAAAUGUAUUUACUGCCACAUGCACACAUUAGCCAUGCCAGUACACUGAGAACUGAUGUAUACUUCCUUUUCAUAUCAGCAGGUGUGUCCUGCGUGUUGGGUUGGUUUGUUUGUUUGUUUGUUUUUGUUUGUUUGUUUGUUUGUUUGUUCACAAUUUUGCCUUCAAUUGGGCAUGGCAGUUAUGUCUGCAAAGACAACUGUAACAAUAAAUGCAGAACAGGAGUGAGUAUUUACUGCUCAUCAUGCCAUGUCGGAUUGUUUUCAGUCUAAAAUGAUCUCCGUUAUACAUCUGCAUUUGUUCAGGGAAAUGUUCGACAUAAUUAUAUCUCCCUGUAUAGAAAUGAAAGCCAAACAAAAGUUAAAUUCCUUUGGUACAGUAUUAGUGCCUCUACUUAUACUAGUGUUCAGUUGCCAGUACUAUAUCUUGUAUUCAUAAACAUGAAGUCAUCAUUUAUCUGUCAUUGAAGAAUUGAACAAGUUACUAUGCUGAAGUAAAGUAUUAUUCAACCGUUUUUCCUUGUUCAGCGGUUUUAAUUACCAGUAUGUAUAUUUUCGUGAUGAUUCUAUUACAUACAUACAUAAAGUAGUCCAAGGACUAGUGGAGAUGCCUCGCUUGCUCUUUAUCUGCCAGAAAUAAACAGUCUUGCAUUCAUGUUUUGCACUGAAUGUUGAAAAUGAUUAGCUGUUUGUUUGUAGAUGAUCAUUUCUGGAAUAUAAUGAAGUGCUUACUGUAAAGUGACUUUGCUUUAACUACUGUCAUCAGCUCAUAUUUUGAAGAGCAAGGAAUCAGAUUUAUAUAUCAAUAUUUUAAGAGGCAAUAAAAAAAAAAUCAUCCAUUUGUUAUUCAGUGAUGAAAUUCAUGCUCAAAAAAGGCCACGAGUAGAACUAUUCUAAAAUCAAAUGCUGUAUGUCUUGUGAUCUACCAUGAAUGUUUGUAUCUUGCACAUUUAUUUCAUAAGUAACACUGGCCAAGUAUGAUUUAAAUAAGGAAUAAAUGGAUUUUACAUAA